GCAGAAUGGAUUAUCUGGGGGAUUCCCUCUAUCGGAGAUCACUAGAAUUCAGCACCAUGUGAAACAUUUCUUCCGAUGACAUGUGCGGUGCAGGUACAAGACAGCAUGUAUAAUGUAUGUUAUAUAUUUAUAGCUAUGGGUUGAAUACUUUUAUAAUGAAAAUGGAUACUUUUUUUUGUUUGAAAACAAUGAAAAGCAAACGAGACGUUUUCGACUGUUGAUAACACAUUAGAGAGCGACAGUGACUCACGGGGAUUCCUCGCGUCUUGGAAGUCUAGCGGGAGAUAGCGCGUGCAUUUUGGCGCUUUUCUAUAUUUUAUUUUCGAGAUCUAUACAUUGUUGUUGUUUCUUUGUUGUAAAGAAAUGUGAAAAAAAAACAUUUAAACAAAAUUCCACGAAAAGACUAAAGAGACAAAAUGCCAAAUAAGGGAGUUUGUUUUGUUUGUGGCAGUUUAGGUGGAGAGUUUUCCUUGCAGAUCAAGGCUCUUAACAAAGGACCACAUUUUCCCUUUUUGGAGCACCACGACCCUCCAAAGGGGUCACGCCUGCCCGGCCCCGAUGGUAUUGUUGACAGUUGUAGGGUCUGCUUCUCGUUUCUCACACAACAAUGGGAAGCCUAUGAAAGAAAUAAAACUCCAGCAGUUAAAAGACUUUACUGGUUGAAGCGAUCAGACAAUGGUCAUUUCACAGGAGCCGAAAUGAAACUACAGGGGGAAUACAUGGCCCAGGUUAUGGGAUUACAGUAUCAGACGGGAAACGAUACAGGUUAUGCUGCGAUAUCGCCUGUGGAAUCGCGUUCCAACUAUUCUAGAGAUGGAUAUUCCCAUUCGACAGCCAGUAUAUCUAUAAGUGAAGACCCAAGACCGAAAUCCAGCGGUGCUGAUGGGGCCCUGGAUCUUUCAUUACCGCCGGUCAAACACGUGGCGGAUAAAGUUCAAAACUGUAAAAGCAGGCACAGCGAUAAAGAUGUCUUUGUGUGUUUUACAUGUUCAUCGGAGCACUUGAACUCAUCCUGUAAGAUAAUAUCAUCUGUGAAACAUGCUGAAGGAAUUCCUUAUUUUCCAUUUUUAGAAAAACUUAACCCACCUAGAGGGUCUGUACCACUCAGUGAAAAGGGGGUGGCACGAGUCUGCGAACAAUGUUUUUUCACUCUUCACCACCAGUGGGUAUCCUACGAACAAACUGGCACCCCACCCACCUCUAGAAUUUACAGUAUUGGAGAUGGUUACUGUGGCAGCAGCGCACAUCGAAGUGUAGUGAGACACAGUCAUGAGAAAAGUAAAAAAGAUGUUUCUGAAAUUUGUUACUUGUGUGGCCGAUCAUAUGCCGUGGCAUUGGUAAAGCCACUGUACACGGUUCCCUCUGUUGACAAUAAGCUGCAGAUGUAUUUUCCAUUUGUGAGGGAGUUGCGAAGACCCCAAGGAUCACAACCACUCAACCCAGAUGGCACAGUUCUCGUUUGCCAAGGCUGUCACAGCAAUUUGCAGAGCCAGUGGAAUUUAUACGAAUCAGAAAAAAUUUCUUUCCUCCAGCGAAGAUAUUCCCUUCUGCCAGUGGAUGGACCGCUGGCGUCUCAUUCUAGAAAUCCUGUUUCAGUGAUUACCGAAAAGCUCAAGCUACCAAAAGUCAUUGAAGAAAGUCAACCGCAACCAUCAGCAGAUUCGGACGUCAGCAUCACUCAACCAUUGAACAUACACAUCAGCAAGAGCCCACUGCCGUCCAGUCAGACCACUGCUCAAGGUCUGCUGGCCAUCGCUCGGCCGCUGGUCAAGACGGAGGAACCCGACAGCACCUCAUCACAGAACAGCGUGUCAUCAACAUCGGCUAACCAGAGCGUGAACAGCGCCCUCGCGGCUAAAGUUCUCGAACACCACCGCCAACUGUCCGAGAGCAAGACGGGAAACAGUUCGACGAUCCCCCACCCCUUACAGCAUGCCGGCGCCAUGCCCAAGAGUGUGUGCUUUGUCUGCGGGGAGAACUCGCUCCUCACACAAGCUCAGACCUUAUGCUCAUACCCGACUCGUCAUGACACGAAACUCCCCAACAGCCAGGCUGCACCGUUCUUCCCGUUUCUUGUGAACCGCGAUCCGGCUCCGGGGGCCGAACCGAUGUCGGACGAUGGGACGGUGGUGUCCUGCUCCUACUGCUUCUACAGCCUGCUCAACCAGUGGAGGAUGUACGAGGAGUCGAAAGACCCCGAUGACCACAAACGCUGGGUGCGGAAGUAUGCCGUCGGGGAAUUUGUUUGUUAUGUCUGCAGCCGGGUGGUUUCGCGUAAGAACCUCAGGAAUCUGGAGGUGAAGAAGUUUUCCUUCCUCAAGGACCACCCUGUGCCGAGACAGGCUAUCGUCAUCAACGACGGUGAGAACGUGGCCGUCUGCCAUUCGUGUCACUUCAGUCUGGGACACCAGCUGGCUGAGUACGAGCGACUUGGGCUGCCCUACGAACUCCACAAAUACAACUGGAUCCAGCAGUCCACGGCAGGCGACGAUCCAAACAGGGAGCAGGAGGACUGUAUCAGUGAGGCGAGAGCCAAGUUCGCUGAUAUGGAUGAUGACAGCAACUCAUGCAUGCCCGAUGUAGCCAAAACGAUGGAUAUUUCAAGUGUGCCUCAAGGUUCUAAACCCCCACCACUGACAAUGCUCAGCCCGGCAGGGUCAAAGGUCACUCGCAACACGGCAACUGUCCCGCCGCUCAGCCAGGUGUCACCUAGCAACGGGUUGACGUCAGCCAGUGGUGACGCUGCGCUAAGCGCCACUAGGACAUCAAGUUUUGCGGCGGCGCUCCGAAAGCUGGCCCACCAAGCCAAAGACCCUGUCGAGGAAGCAGCCAAUGUGAAGCACAGUCCACCGAAUGCUGGCAUCAGUCCAAGGGCAGCAACUCCGAAGCGUGCACCGCCCCCUCUAGUGUACACCAGUCAGUCCUCCAGCCUGACAUCUCCCCCCGUGGUGACCAUCGCCCCCACUCAGACUCACUCCACACUGCACAGCGACAGCAGACAGGUCAUUGACCGCGUCCCGUCAGCUCACAGCACCUCGUCGUCAGUUUAUGAAUCACUCUCCCUGAAGCAGGAGCGAGAUCAGCGCCCCCUGUCUUCACACUCGCGCGACGAUGACAGACUGUCCGCCAAAGACAUCGCCAUGGGCCAGACGUCGAGAAUCAUGACUCCGCGCUCGACCCCGGGGUCUGUUCCCACGUCAAGUCGAGAAGAAAGUCUGAUCCGCGGAUUCCAGCCAUACCGAGCCGGGGAGGAGAUGAGACAUGCUUUGCCCCCUGGAGCAUUUGCGAUGGACCCUGCGUACGCAUACCACCCGGCCUUUCUUCAGCACCACCCGUACUCUCAUCCAGCUUACAGGUUUGAAGAUCCCCUGAUGCUGGAACGCUAUCGCAUGAUGCAGCCCCCAAUGCUGCCAUUCUCCCCUGCGACGGGGAUGUUGCCUCACCACAACCUGCAUCACCUGAUAGCGAGCGGACACUACCCGCCCGAACUCCUGCGUCAGCAGUAUCCGUACCUGUCUCCGAGUGCUCAGUCGCUGGAUCCAAGGUCUCCGUCGCUGUCGCUAGAAAGAUCUCGAACCGAAGAAGAAAGACAUCGAGAACUAGAGAGGGAGCGAGAGAAUGAACGAGAGAAGGAGCGUGAGAGAGAGAAGGAGAGAGAGCGUGAGCGAGAGCACGAGGCGGAGACUCAGAGGAUCCGUGAGCGACAGAGGGAGCUGGAGAAGGAGAAGCACCGCCUGCUGGUGAGACAGAGUGAGUACUCACGCGACUACUCACACCGCGAGCUGGAGAAGCAGCGGCUGCUCGAGUACUCGGACCACCUGCGUGAGGUGGGGCAUGGCGAGUGGGGCAGUCUGCGUCACGACGACCACGCCAGGGAGCUACUCACCGUGCCCGUGUUGCCACACCACGACAAGUCAGGUAGCAGGGGAGAUGACUCAGGUCCAAACUUUGGUUCUAUAACUCAAGGCACACCGCGAGAUCGCGAGUUUUCCGAGAAGUACAAGGAGGAUUACGCUGACAGUUACAAGAGGUUGAACAACUCGAAGUGGGCCGAGAACCACCGAGCAACGCACAACGAUUACUUGAAAAAUAAUUACCAUCACAAGGUAAUCGACUCAUCUCAGGGUAGAUACUACAGCAGCAGUUCGACGCCCACUGAUCUCACUCAGCAUAGUUACCACGGAGACAAGAGGUCGGAAUUUGAGGCUGGUCGAUCUCACGGACAGGAGGAGAAGCGAGGUCAACCCCCACCACUGCUUUCACCCAAAAGUCAAGGGGAGGCAACUCGCAGGAGUUCAGAAUCAAUAUUCCGACCGUUUGAGAAAGUAGGGCAGGCGGAGCAGUUGAACAGUUAUCAGUAUUCUAAAUCUGCAUCAAGCUCAAAGGGCCCCGAUUUGUUAGUCCCCACAUACCGAGCGUCGGCGGAUCGUGAACACACUAGUGAUCUGAGAGACAAGAAAAAAAAUAGCUUUGUGGAAAAACAGGGACACGUUGCUCAAAAGGUGGAAUCUGUGAAGGACUAUAGCAAAAAACAGCCGAAAAUCUCGCUGAACAAUAACAUCGGCUACAGCAACCACCAUGUGGAGUGCUUCAACUUCAAAAGCCUUGCGAUGGAGAAGGCGAGCCAUCGCCCAGAACCAAAAAUGGACGUUGCCGUUGCUCAGGCAGUUCCGUUUUACGACCCGACCUUCAUUCCGAGCGUUCCCGAGGCUCCACCAAUCAGGAGCAAGCUGGACGUCCUGGAGGAGAAGUUGCGCUCGGCUCGGUUGAACGGUACAUACUGCAGCGACAGCGAGGACGAAGUAUCCGAGGAAGAGGACGAGCGUCAGGUUCACCGGUGUCUGAUGGUCACCAAGGGGCCGCCACUCCCCCUCGAACUGACGCGGCCCAAAAUUAAACUCUUCCGAUGUUUGGGACUCAUGUCGCAGGGCAGAAGAAAAGACGUGCUAUUUGAGCGGUUUAGAAAGCGACGCAGGUUUCACCGGGAGCGGAGUGUUAGUCCGAUAGAAAUGGAAGAAAGCACUCGGCCUCCAGCCUUGGGUGCGAGCACGCACGACCCCGCGACCUUGUGUCAGGGGGGCGAGUAUCGGGACAAGUGUCUUUACUUACGCAACAUGUCGCUCCUGCCCGUCGGCAAGGACAGCCAGAAAGAGUUGGAACACAACAUUGGGGACACAAUUUGA